GUCACUUCAUCACUGGCGGGAUUGUGGAAAUAAGUCGGUUUUUUUUUUUAAACACAUAAAGAAAACCGAAAUGGCAAGCAGCUUCUCCAGGUUCGUGUCCUCCAAACGAAACAUUGGGAUCCUGUCGUUGGUGGGAGGCUCUGUAACGGCUGGAUUUCUGCUCCAUCGGGACCAUGUCAGCGCCGGAGUGCCCGUCCGCAGGAGGUACCCCGCCAGUGCGGAGUACCCUGACCUGCGCAAACACAACAACUGCAUGGCCAGUAACCUGACACCUGCCAUCUAUGCCAAGCUGUGUGAUAAGGCCACUCCCAACGGUUUCACGGUGGACCUGGCCAUCCAGACGGGCGUGGACAACCCUGGCCACCCCUUCAUUAAGACCGUUGGCAUGGUGGCAGGAGACGAGGAGUCUUACGAGGUAUUUGCAGAUCUGCUGGACCCUGUCAUCAAAGAGAGGCACAACGGCUACGACCCCCGCGUCAUGAAACACCCCACCGACCUGGACGCCAGCAAGAUCCAGGCGGGCCACUUUGACGAGCGCUACGUGUUGUCCUCCAGAGUGAGGACAGGCCGCAGUAUUCGCGGGCUUAGCCUGCCCCCCGCCUGCACCCGGGCAGAGCGCAGGGAGGUGGAGAGGGUGGUGGUGGAUGCCCUCGCCGGCCUGAAGGGUGACCUUACUGGAAGAUACUACAGUCUCACCCAGAUGACAGAAAAGGAGCAGCAACAGCUCAUUGAUGACCACUUCCUGUUUGACAAGCCUGUGUCACCCCUCCUGACGUGUGCAGGAAUGGCUCGUGACUGGCCAGAUGCCCGUGGUAUUUGGCACAACAACGAGAAGACAUUCCUGAUCUGGAUCAAUGAGGAGGAUCACACCAGGGUCAUCUCCAUGGAGAAGGGAGGGAACAUGAAGAGAGUCUUUGAGAGGUUCUGCAGAGGCCUCAAGGAGGUGGAGCGUCUGAUCCAGGAGAGAGGCUGGGAGUUCAUGUGGAACGAGAGGCUUGGGUACAUCCUCACCUGCCCCUCCAACCUGGGCACGGGGCUCAGGGCCGGGGUCCAUGUCAAACUGCCCCUGCUGAGCAAGGAUCCCCGCUUCAGUAAGAUCCUGGACAACCUGCGUCUGCAGAAGCGAGGGACAGGUGGUGUAGACACCGCUGCUGUGGGUGGUGUGUUUGACAUCUCCAACCUGGACCGCCUGGGACAAUCUGAGGUCACUUUGGUGCAGACAGUGAUUGAUGGCGUCAACUACCUGAUCGAGUGUGAGAAGAGACUGGAGAAAGGCCAGGACAUCAAGGUGCCCCCACCCGUCAAGCACUUCAAGUAGACACUGAUCCCUGAUCUCCGCACACAACCCUCUGGGCACAAACACAUGCACAAACACCCCGCUCUGUGCCCAUAGAUAUGAUGAAUAUCUAUGUCAUUGCCUCAUUUAUUACUACUACUUAUCUAAUCCUCCCUUCCUGCCCCACAAUAUACUUCUCUAUAAUAUAAUCUACAUAUAUUAUACACAGCUAUCUGGCUAAACCCCACAGCAUUGGGCUGAAGUGUGCAUCUGGAGCGUUUUUAAAAUUUAAACUCAAAUUCAAACCUGGCUAUGAAAUGGCGGCAAAGAUAAACAAAAGAUGCACAAACUGUAGGCUCUUGUAACGGAGCAAAGAUGGCCGCCAGGCUGCCCGUCUCUGCAUGGCCGAGCAGUAUCUAUGGCUCUGCUGCCAGACCACUCCUCAGCCCACCAAACCUGGCUUCACCCUGCCUCGGUUCCCUUCCUGCCGCAUGUCCUAUACUCAGCCUGUCUCUGUCUCCUCCCCUCACUCCUGUGUGUUGAUGGGUCAUGCCUGUUAUCUGGUGCUUGUAUAGUCCAUCCAUUGGCUCCAUACUCUCCAUUGUGGAUUGUGUGUACAUAGUUUUGUUUUAACCAUUUUGAGUGGAUUUGAUUGUAGGUGAACAGCGUAAGACUGAAGAGACAUGUGGAUUUGUGCGUUAAAUGACACACGGGUGUCAGAUUGUAAUGUUAUAACACAUACUGGCCGGGCUGGGUUCUGUACUGUAAGCUACUGAAGCAAUAUCAUUCCAGCUCAUUACUGAAUGUCACACUGUAAUGUCUUUUAUUAAAGAAAUCAUCUAUUUAACAGUA